UAAAUUUUACAUCUAUGUGUCCAAUCUACUCAGAUCAUAUUAGCCUGCAGUGCAGAUAUAUCCUCAUAAGACUGCCUUGAGUUGCAAUACCUUCUUGAACUUGAAGGAGCAAUUAGUUUCUUAUUACCAACCUUCUAAUGGCUCGUUGGAUUAAGCCAGAGGUCUACCCAUUGAUGGCUGCAAUGACCUUUGUAACAAGUUUGUGCGCCUUCCAACUUACAAGGAACAUGUUUCUGAAUCCUGAUGUCAGGAUCAACAAAGCUCACCGCCGCACGGCAGUGCUUGAAAACGAAGUGGAAGGAGAGCAAUAUGCUGAACAUGGCCUCAGAAAAUUCCUUCGAACUCGCCCACCUGAAAUCAUGCCUUCCAUCAACCAUUUCUUCUCUGAAGACAAAUAAUUACAUGGCUCAGAAUGUUAUCCACAGGAAUCAUUAAUUGUCAACAACUUUAUUAUCUUGUUCUAUACAGUGUGCAAAUUUGUGCUUGCUUUUUCAAUUUUUAAACUGAGAACUACCCAGUCUCACUUGUUAUAUACUUUUCCAAGUAAUAAGAGAGACAAGAUUAUUUAUUUAA